UGUUUCCUGCAUCCGGGCCUGGCUGUGCGGGCUCAGGAGAUUAGAGGGAGGCAUGGAGGUCCACGGCGAGUCUCCGGCGAGCCCGAGCUGUGCCUCGUCUGCCCGGGUCUGCUCGGGGGUGCCAGUGUCCAAGGAACUGCUGACGGCGGGGUGUGACGUCCGCGGAGGUAUAUGGGACAGGUUGCUCAUCAACUCCCAGCCUAAUUCCAGAAAAACCUCUACUCUUCAAACAGUUCGGAUAGAGAGGAGUCCCUUAUUGGACAAAAUACAGACUUUUCUCCCACAGAUGGCAAAAGCAAAUGAAAAGCUAAGAAAAGAAAUGGCAGCUGCACCACCUGGUCAUUUCAAUAUUGAAAAUAUUGAUGGGACUCUUGGAAAAGUUAUACAAAUGUUGUCACCUCAUCCAGAGCCUUCCCUCAUGGCCUUUUAUGAUCUUUUUCCUGCUUGUUUUUAUUUUUACCACCCUUCAUCAUGCUCUGAUGUGGCCUUGUUUGAGAUGAAUCAGUCAGAUUCAAAAGAAGAGGACAGUUCGGAAGAGAGUUCACAAGACAGUUCAGAGAACAGUUCAGAAUCUGAGGAUGAAGAAGACAGCAUCUCUCAUGAAGUCACCAUAGAUAACAUUAAGCUUCCUAAUUCUGAAGAUGGAAAAGGCAAGAUUGAAGUUUUGGACAGUCCAGCAAGUAAAAAAAAGAAAUAGUAAAAUAAAUUAUCUGAAAAGAAACAGGUAACAUUUGCCUGCAAAUUCUGUGAAAAAGAGUAUGGUUCACUGGCUGUUUUUCAUUUUAGGUACCUAUGGUGCUUUUAUGUGUUAAUAGAAAAGCUUUAGACAAUUUUAACAGAGUUUAUUUGAGCAAUGAAUGAUUCAUGAGUCAGGUAGCACUUUAAACUGAAAGGGGUUCAGAGACCUCUGCUUUGCAGUGUGGACAGUGUGCUUUUAUAGGCUAACCAUGGAAGUAAAAUACAGGAAUAACUUGACUGA